UGGCUCAGUUGACCGGUAGGAAGUCGCUGUCACUCACUCUUCUUCGCCAUAGGAUGCUUCGGCGGCGCUCUCCUCGCUGUGAAGUGUGAACUCUCGCCAUAGGAUCUGUAGGAGCGGCUGGCGGAGGUUUGGUCGCGGCCACCGAGGAUAGCGAAAGAUGGGGAAGCAGAAAAUGCGCCGGAAGCCGGGAUCUGGGGCGGUCGCUGCUGCUUGAUGCAGCCGCAUCAGCUCGUACGUUGGUGAAAGAGAGCGCAAGCGGAGGGCUGGAAGCCAUCGGAUGGGUCUGGGAAUCAGGGCAGUAGAAGAAAGCUGCCGGAGGCGCGGUUUCCGCGGUGCUCGGGAAGCUUUGUUCUUGCUCCGGCGGCCACGGGCCAAAGCGAAGUUCAUGGGGAUGAAUGGAUGGGCUGGUAGCCUGGUACGCCCGUGGUGAGACAACUGGGGCACCUACGGCCUACGGGAAACUCCAGCUUGAACCAUUUUUCUCCAGCACCGCUUGCAAGCAUAGAACCACCAGUCGUUUGGAUCGUCCACAAUGGUGCAAAAUAGUAUGCAGGAACUCAGUAUGCAAAACAAUGUGGCAAACUAUGCGGUCUUGCACCAAAAUGAUUUUCGGUAAGCAGCCAUGGGCAACUAAGACUAAUUCCAUGGUGAAAGUGAAGAAAAAAAAGAAUGCAAGGAAUGCGUGUGAGCAUAUGCUCUCAGCUGAUGGCAAAACGCCGCGUAAAAGAUCAAGAGGCAGGAUAAAGCACAGGCAAGACAGAAGAGUAAAUUACCGCCAACAGCGGUGUCAGGAAGCUCUUCAACAGGUCCCUUGCCUAACCAUAUCUCCCGCCUCCGAGCCUCUACAUCAGACAUUAUAGGCAGGACAACAGUAUAGUAUGAAGGAACUUUCCUGGAAGAAUUGUUAGUAGACGAAGCCCCGAAGGCAACAGAAGAGGCAAUCGUAGGCCUACCCCGCCAUAGAGAACGGGCCAAAGGGCAGUACUUCGUGCGCGCAUAGGCGACAAAGAGCGCAGAGCCACUCACAGCAGGAGCAACAUCUUGCGAACCAUGGCUGCCGGCGUGGAGGUGGAGAAACCGACGCGGAAGGUGGGUUUUCAGGCCGACAACGCCCAGAUCCCCGAUGUAUGUCCGUAGCAGAUUGCGCAGCAGAUGGAGAACCACCAGCAAUCACGGUGGGAACCCCAGCCGGCAAAUAAGCAGAGAGAUCAGAGGUAGCAGCAACCAGAGGAAAAGCAGAAGACCAGCAGCCGCGGAGAAACCUUGGCCACGCCCACAGGAACUUGGUGAGCGGCAGCGAGAUGACACAGAAGAGACAUCCUCCAAACCACGGCAAUGGUGCGGAACCGGCAGCGGAGGCAACAGCGCCGACGGCAUAGACAGCGGCACGGACGUCAACAAAUCAGAAAUAGGAGGCAACUCAUCGACGCCACGCCGGCGCGUGACCAAAGGUGGAGGCGCCGACGCGGCAGGUGAACGGCCUCGCCUACAGGCCAACCACAUGCCGCCCACUCGUAUAAAAGCCUGCAAAAAAGAAGACCAGAUUAGACAGGACAACGAAGAAGAAGAUGGAGAAGAGAGCAGAACAAAACAGAUGAACCAAAACCUAGCAGAAGCGCAAGGAAGAGAAUUGAAAUCAAGAAUAAAAAGGACAUCAAGAAGGAGGAAACACAGGAACGCCGGACCCUUCGAGAUGGAGCCGUGACCGAGGAAGAGGGAAAGGAAAAAUUACCCGAGGAAAGGAGAAAAGAGGGCGAGAUAAGCGGCAAGUAAACAGCAAACUGUUCCAGAAUAUCAGCAGCACAACACGUAUCACACAUGAAAAGAAGACGUGUCGCAGAUGGGAAACCCACUAUCUAAGGAAACCGGAGCCACCGGAGAUCAGAGGUCCACGGAAGGAAAGAAAUAAUAGGAAAAAUAAAGAACCGGUUUGGAAAGAAGGGAACAACCGGAUAGCUUCCGGUAAUCACGUAUUGUACGAAGGAAAAUAAAGUGAGAGGAGAAACCGAACCAGCGGGAACCAUGGCCAUCUACAGGGAAAAAUGCUUAGGUGGCGAUGCGUGAUUAGAGGAAACGAUGGAGAGAACAGUGCCCAAAUCUCUCUCCUGACGGUAAAAGGGUUCAACUUUGAUAUAGUUUAUAAUACAGCAGAGCUCCUGCUGGUUCGGGUCAAAAGAAAAAAUCCAACUGAACAUAGUAAUUCAUCAACCUAAAAGCAUUCACUAUGUAUGAAAAAAAAAGAGAACCAUACCUCUAUUUGAACUAGUUUAACAUAUAGUAGAGCAUGGGCUCAUAUCGUUCUGACAAGAAAAGCAACUUAUUUUGUUGA